CCCCGGCUCGGGGGGGGCGAGGAGGGCGAGGAGGAGGCGGAGAUGAAGGCCGUGGCCACCUCGCCCGGCGGCCGCUUCCUCAAGUUCGACAUCGAGCUGGGGCGAGGAGCCUUCAAGACGGUCUUCAAGGGCUUCGACACCGACACCUGGGUGGAGGUGGCCUGGUGCGAGCUGCAGGACCGCAAGCUGAGCAAGGCGGAGCAGCAGCGCUUCAAGGAGGAGGCCGAGAUGCUGAAGGGGCUGCAGCACCCCAACAUCGUCCGCUUCUACGACUCGUGGGAGUCCUCGCUCCGCGGCAAGAAGUGCAUCGUCCUCGUCACCGAGCUCAUGACCUCGGGCACCCUCAAGACGUACCUGAAGAGGUUCAAGGUGAUGAAGCCGAAGGUGCUGCGGAGCUGGUGCCGGCAGAUCCUGAAGGGGCUGCAGUUCCUGCACACGCGGACGCCGCCCAUCAUCCACCGCGACCUCAAGUGCGACAACAUCUUCAUCACCGGCCCCACCGGCUCCGUCAAGAUCGGCGACCUGGGGCUGGCCACGCUCAUGCGCACGUCCUUCGCCAAGAGCGUCAUCGGGACCCCCGAGUUCAUGGCCCCCGAGAUGUACGAGGAGCGCUACGACGAGUCCGUGGACGUCUACGCCUUCGGGAUGUGCAUGCUGGAGAUGGGAACGUCCGAGUACCCCUACUCCGAGUGCCAGAACGCCGCCCAGAUCUACCGCAAAGUCACCAGCGGCAUCAAGCCGGCGAGUUUCCACAAGGUGACGGACCCCGAGGUGAAGGAGAUCAUCGAGGGCUGCAUCCGGCAGAACAAGGCUGAGAGGCUGUCCAUCCGGGACCUGCUGGACCACGCGUUCUUCGCCGAGGACACGGGGCUGCGCGUGGAGCUGGCCGAGGACGACGCGGGGCUGGAGCCGGCGCUGGCGCUGCGCCUCUGGGUGGAGGACCCCAAAAAACUCAAGGGGAAGCACAAGGACAACGAGGCCAUCGAGUUCAGCUUCAACCUGGAGGCCGAUGUCCCCGAGGAGGUGGCCUACGAGAUGGUGAAAUCCGGGUUCUUCCACGAGAGCGACUCCAAGGCCGUGGCCAAAUCCAUCCGGGACCGGCUGGCGCUGGUGAGGAAGACGCGGGAGAGGAAGCAGGCGGAGAUCCGGGGGGGCCCCGAGAUCCGGGGGGGCCCCGAGAGCGAGGACACCGAGGUCGAUCAGCACGUGAGGCAGCAGCUGCUGCGGGAGCAGCCCCCGCCCGGCCCUGCCGAGGGGCUCCAGGACAACGCCCCCCCCCCGGAUGUCCCCGGUCCCUGCGGUGUCACCGGGGCACCGGAGCAGCUCUGGGGGUACCCGCAGGGACCCCAGGACGGGCUGUCCCCCCCCGUGCCACCCCCGGUGAGCCAGGCCACCGAGGGGACAGCGGAGGAUGGCACCGCGGGAGCCAGCACGGAGCCACCGGCACCGGAGGGAGACCCCCGUGGAGGGGGGUCGGUGACAGUGGGGACACAGCCACAGGUGGCACCGGGGGCACCGGGGCCGGGGAUGGCACCGGGAGGGGUGGCAGGGGUGGCACUGCCGGCAGCGGGGGUGACAGUGGCUCCCGGAGUGCCACCAGCCCUGGGGGUGCCACCACCCCAAGGAGUGCCACCAGCCCAAGGAGUGCCACCAGCCCUGGGGGUGCCACCAACCCAAGGAGUGCCACCAGCCCAAGGAGUGCCACCAGCCCAAGGAGUGCCACCAGCCCAGGGAGUGCCACCAGCCCAGGGAGUGCCACCAGCCCAAGGAGUGCCACCAGCCCUGGGGGUGCCACCAACCCAAGGAGUGCCACCAGCCCAAGGAGUGCCACCAGCCCUGGGGGUGCCACCAGCCCAAGGGGUGGCAGUGGCUCCCGGAGUGCCACCAGCCCAAGGAGUGCCACCAAACCAGGGAGUGCCACCAGCCCAGGGGGUGCCACCAGCCCUGGGGGUGCCACCCCAGCUGGUCCCCACCGUGGUGCAGCUGCAGCCAGGCCCCGGAGUGCCGGUGGCUCCGGGAGUGCCACCAGGGAUGGCCCCGGCCCAGGGGGUGCCACCGCAGCCGGUCCCCACCGUGCAGCCACAGCUGGUGCCGGUGUUGGGGAUGGCACCGCUGUCCGUCGUGCCACCGGUCGUGGGGGUGUCACCGGCCCCGGAGAUGCCACCUCCAUCCCCGAUGCCGCCGGCACAAGGGAUGCCACCUCCACCCGUGAUGCCACCGGUCAUGGCGGUGUCACCGGCCCCAGGGGUGCCAGCACCCUCCGUGAUGCCACCAGCCUCAGAGAUGCCACCACCAGCCAUGGUGCCACCACCACCCCUGGGGGUGCCACCAGCCCAAGGGAUGCCAGCUCCACCCAUGAUGCCACCAGCCCCGGAGAUGCCACCACCGUCCAUGAUGCCACCAGCCAUGGGGAUGUCCCCAGCCCCGGAGAUGCCACCACCGUCCAUGAUGCCACCAGCCAUGGGGAUGUCCCCAGCCCCGGAGAUGCCACCACCAUCCAUGAUGCCACCAGCCAUGGGGAUGUCCCCGGAGAUGCCACCACCACCAUCCCCGCUGCCACAGCCCCCGCUGUUCCCCGGCCCCGAGGACCCCUCGCUGCUGCGUGUCCCCGAUGUCCCCGAGGCGCCGCGUGCCCGGCAGCGCCGCGCGUCUUGCCAGCGCCCCGCCCGCUUCCAGCUCACCGUGCUGCAGGUGUCCUCGGCUGGGGACAACACGGUGGAGUGCCAGCUGGAGACCCACGACAGCAAGAUGGUCACCUUCAGGUUUGACGUGGACGGGGACGCGCCCGAGGACAUCGCCUGCUACAUGGUCGAGGACAAUUUUGUGCUGGAGGGGGAGCGGGACAAGUUCGUGGAGGAGCUCAAGGCCAUCGUGGCUCAGGCGCGGGAGCUCCUCGGGACCCCCGGCCCGGACCCCCAGGUGGGACCCCCGGAGCCGGCAGCGGGGGCAGGGGAAGGGCCCCCCCAGUCGUCGCCCGUGGGGCGCUGGAGGUUCUGCAUCAACCAAACCAUCCGGAACCGCGAGGCCACCGGCCCCGGGGGACCCCCGCCCGCCCGGAGAGCCCCGGCCCAGGGGGGUCCCCAAGAACAGGGGACCGACAAGGACGGAGCGUCGGAGCGGGACGGGCCGGACACGGGGGUCCCCAAGGGCGGGGGGCUGGAUGUCCCCCAGGGACGGGGACACUUGGGGACAGCUGCCACCGGCCCCCGGGAGGUGGCUGAGCCCGCGGGAGCAGAGAGGAUCGAGCCCGAACCCCAAGAUCCGGGGGCUCCCCCAGGCCCGGGGCCGAGCGUCCCUUGGCAGGAGGGCCCCGGACGCUCGGACGUGGCCGUCCCCAAAGCCGCGGAGCUCGAUGGCCACCGAGAGCCCCCUGGGGACCCCGAGCCGGCCGUGCCCCGGGGCCAGGGGGAGCAGGAGGGAGCCGGGGAGCCGCGGCCGGCUGUGCCCGAGCCCCCGGGGCCGGACGUGUCCCCAGAGCCGGGUGACCCCCAGGGACCGGGGCCGUUCGUCACCGGGGCUUGGGGACAGGAGGGACCCCCGGGAGCGGAGGCCGUGCCCCCUGCCCCUCCCGGGGGUCUCCCGUUCCCGCUGGGGCUCUGUCCCCGCCUGCGCAGCCCCCGCAAGGGUUGGGGGCGGCGCCUCAAGAGCUGGGCCCGGCGCCUGCGCCCCCCCGCCGGGGGGGGGGACCCCCACACAGAGGAGCCAGAGGAACUCGGGGACCCCCCAAGGCGAGGGCGCUGCCAGCCACCCCCCGACCCCGAGGGGGACUGGGGGGACCCCAGCUCGGGCAGCGAGAGCGGGGGCUUGGGGGGACCCCCGCACCCCCCCGGGGCCCCCCUGCUCGGGCCGGGGUCCCCCGAGACCCCCCUGAGCAGCGACGGCGACUCGGAGCCCGAGGACGAGGCCCUGCGGGAGCAGCUGCGGCGGCUGCGGGAAAAGCACAUCCAGGAGGUUCUGGAGCUGCGGGCGCGGCAGGACCGGGAGCUGCGGGAGCUGCACCGGAGGCUCCGAGCCCUCAAAGAGGCCCGGGGGGACCCCCCGAAAUGGGGAGGGGGCGGCGGGACCCCCCCCCAGUUUGGGGGGCUCUUCACCGACGACCUGCACCGGCUGGUGGACGAGUGGGUCCAGGACACGGCGCGGGCCCAGGCCACCUCCUCGUGGGUCUCCACCCUGCGCGGCGCCCGCGGGACCCCCCGAAAAUGGGGGGAGCUGCCCCCCCCCAAAGCCGCCCUGCGCGGGGGGGGCAGCCCCCUCCCCCCGGGGGCCGAGUGA